CACUCUUCAUUUAAACCGACUACCAGCGGGUUUUAUUUACGUCAUUCUAGUUCUUUUUCAUCUGGUGAUGUUGAUUCAAUUUGGUUAUUGACUCCGGCUGGGAGACGGAGGGAGACCAUGCAGCUGCCGAAAAUUAUGGGGAAAUGGGAGAGUUCAACUCAACUCAACUGCUGUUUGCAUCGCAAGCAUCUAAUCUGGAGCGUUACAAAUUAUAAAGCAGCCAUGCAAGGGGUGGUUUUUGCUCCGGAAAAUCCUCAACAAGGCUCGCCACCACCCAGCAACGUUCCAGUUACCGCAAUGGAGGAACCACUCGAAGCCAACCGAACCAAAGAAGCGCUAGACGACCAAAGCAACCGCACCGAUUCGGGAAUCUUCUCGACCACAACCAACACGUCCAUAGAGGCGUGUGAGAGCGACAAUCGCAGCGACAAUCGCAGCGACUGCAGCUCGCCCGAACGGAAAUACGUGUGUCCCAUCUGCGACAAGAUGCUGACGUCGCAGCACAACUUCACGCUGCACAUCCGCUCGCACAACAAUCAGGGGGAGGAUCAGGCCAGCGAAAAGGGCUUCGCCUGCCGCAUCUGCCGCAAGGUGCUGAGCUCCAGCUCGAGCCUGGACCGCCACGUGCUGGUCCAUAGUGGAGAGCGGCCUUUCCAUUGCAAAUUCUGCGGCGACACGUUCACCACCAAUGGAAACAUGCAUCGGCACAUGCGCACCCAUUCGACCAAAGGGGAGAACUACGAGUCGGAUGGGAGCAGCGACAGCGGCAGCUCGAGAAGCAUCGAGUACAACAACAACAAGGUCGAGUCGAAGCCCUGCCAGAAGAGGCGACUGGAGGACGCAGAUAUGGACCAGAAACUGGACGCCAAACGACCGGCCUUGGGCCCGUUUAGGUGUCCAGUCUGUCAAAGAACCGAUUUUAACUCGCCGGGGGUUCUAGAAGCCCACUUGGAGGACAACCAUCCAGAGUACCCAGCAAUCGGCAGCCAGAGAGCGGCCAACAACAAACAAACUCACCCCCUUACCAAAGAAAAGGCGCCCUCCAAGCAGCCGGUGCUCGGGUUCCAAGACCUCACCUUCGUGGACUUCUCCAGCGAGAAGUUCCCCCACAUUGCCAGGCGGGAGUGCGAGCGCAGCCUGCACAAACCUGCAUCGUGUGGGCCGAAGUUCCAAUGCCAGAAGUGCCUCAAAGCCUUCCCCUGUUCCAGCUCGCUGGCCAUUCACGAGAAGAGUUGCCUCGAAGCGUCCCCCGGUCUGAAUUUGAGCGGCCGCAACGGGAUCUGUGAGGACGAUAUCCGCCGAACUGAGUUCUUCUCCCGGCUGAACCUCCAGGACAACGACAAAAUCCCCGAGAAGCUGAUUCCUACCAAUAAGCUGAGGGAGCAGCUGGUCAAGUUCAUGGACAACAAGGACUUGGCUGAUAUCCCAUCGAUUCUGUCCAAUAUUCAAAAGCCCAGCGAGCUGCGACUGCCGCCAACCAAACAUCUCGUCGACCAGGACAACAAGCAGGAGAACGAGGAGGAAUCGCAGGAUUCGUUCGCCAUAGAGUUCCGCAAAAUGAAGCUGCGUGGGGAGUUCCCGUGCCGACUGUGCACGGCGAUUUUCCCCAAUUUGCGCGCCCUCAAAGGCCACAACCGCGCCCAUCUGAGUGGCAACACCAACGGAACGUACUACUGCAACAUGUGCCCUCACUCCUCAAUCGACAAGGCCGCCCUGAUCCGGCACAUGCGGACGCAUAACGGGGAUCGUCCCUAUGAGUGCUCGCUUUGCAACUACGCGUUCACCACCAAAGCGAAUUGUGAGCGCCAUUUGAGGAAUCGACACUCCAAAACAACCAGGGAGGAUGUCAAGAAGUCCAUCAUCUACCACCCGUCAGAGGAUCCCACCAAUGACGAGCUGAACAAGCUGACCGUUAGGGAGGAGGACAGGAAGCACAGCUUCAACUCGUCCAGCGACUUUGAUGGCGCCUCAAUCUCCAAACAUACGCGCAGUAAGUACAUUAAAUGAGACACCAAAUGAUCGAAAGGGCACUGAGACGUGUGGUCUAACUUUAAUUGAAA